AUGCGCGCUUGGGUACGCCAACGACGUGGCCCUGCAAACAGCGCACUUGAGCUGGUCAAUGAUUUGCCGACACCCACUGUGCCAAUAGGCUCGUCAUCCGACGUGCUGAUCCGCGUCUCCCACGUCUCGCUGCAAGUCAACUCUGAGGCGCUUAUAAAGUUGCUGCCCAGGCUGCCUCUUACUAGCCCGGGGGUCCCGGAGAUCGAGCUAUCUGGGGAGGUAGUGGCGGCUGGAGAGGGCGCGCCGGCGGAAGUGCGCGAUCCUGGCACGCAUGUCGUCGCCUUUCAGAACAUCCCGGCUUGGGUGGUUAUGGGCCGCGGCGUACUAGCCGAGUACGUGCGACUACCCGGCAACCAGGUUGCGCGUAUUCAGUCCACAGUUGAUAUGGCGUCGGCAUCUGGCAUCCACGGUUGUGGUAGCACCGCACUCAGGAUGAUUCGUACGGCGGGCGUGCGUCACCGCCACACAGUACUCGUGAAUGGUGCCAGCGGGUCGGUCGGAUCAAUGCUCGUCCAGUUGUGCAAGCUGCGCGGGGCCAAGGUGGUAGGCGUAGCCAGCGGCGGCAACGAGGACAUGGUUCGUGGAUUAGGCGUAGAUGAGUUUAUUGACUACCGAAAGCAUGACCCGCUGCAAGACUACCUAGCCAAGCAGUACGGCAGCAAGCAGUUUGACUUUAUCCUCGACUGCGUGGGCACGCAGGCUCUAUAUGCCAACUCCCCAGCCUACCUUAAGCCCGACGGCGCUGUAAUUAACGUCGGCGUGCUCGAGGGCCUCGGUGCUGCAACACGCAACUACCUAGUCAACACCUGGCUACCCACUUGGCUGGGUGGUGUGCCGCGCCGCUAUAUCAUGUUCAGCACGCCGCCCAAUCGUGACGACACCAUCUACAUAGCGGACCUGGUCGAGAAGGGCGUCGUGCGCGUUUCCGUCGACACAGUAUUUGGCAUGGAGGAUGCCCUGGACGCGUACAAGCGCAUCGCUACUAAACGCGCGCGCGGCAAGGUCGUGGUCAAAGUGCGCAGCGAUUAG